AUGAUCGCACGAAGCGGAAUUCAGGCAUUGGUGGCUGCAAUCUCGACAGCCCUGCUGGCCGACCGUAUUACAGCCUUCCCCAUCGACGCCCUCGAGGUGCGCAACAACGACCAGCAACCCGCCUUCUACGGAGCCGCGUCGCAAGGCAACGCUCCCCUGUAUAGCGUCAGAGGCCAGCAUGGCGCUGUCUCGUCCGAGGUGGACGUCUGCUCCAACAUUGGUGCCCAACUGCUGCAGCAGGGCGGUUCUGCGGUCGACUCGAUCAUCGGCACAGCCCUCUGUGUAGGCUCCAUCGCUUCGUACCACUCUGGUCUCGGCGGUGGUGGCCACGCUCUGCUCCGCUCUCCCGUCACGGAUGAUGCCAACACCAACCACAAGCGCAGCAACGACAACGACGCUCGCAGCAAGAAGGCUAACUACAUCCACGUCGACUUCCGCGAAGUCUUCCCUGCAGCUGCUACCGAGGACAUGUACUCGAGCAACCCGGUCAAGAACGCCUCGCUGUACGGCGGACUGGCUGUGGGAGUGCCAGGCGAGCCCAAGGCGUGGUGGGAUCUGCACCAGAAGUACGGCAAGCUCGCAUGGUCGGAGGUCUUCCAGCCUGCCAUUGAGCUCAACAGGCGCGGGUUCAAGGUCACGACAGAGCUCGCCAAGGCCUUGAACACCACCACCUACCCGUUCCUCUGCAGCGACCCUCGAUGGAGCCAGUUCUACUGUCCGGACGGCAAACUGGCUCAGCUCAAUGACACGAUCAAGAAGGAACGCUUCGCUCAGACGCUCGAGCUGAUUGCCGAGCAGGGCAUCGACCCUUUCUACUACGGCGAGAUUGCCGCGGAUAUUGUGGACACGAUCACCAACAACACGGUGCUCAAGGGCAUUAUGACCCGCGAUGACCUUGCCAACUACACCGUUCAGUUCCGGAACCCCAGAAACGUGACUCUGCGCGAUGGCAAAUAUCGUCUGUACGGCACGGUGGCGCCCUCGUCCGGCAGCGUGGUCCUCUCGACCCUUCAAACCGUGGAUCAGUUCAACGCCGACGGUGAAGAGGACCUAAGCAACGUCAAUGUCUCCACGCACCGCUUCAUCGAGGCCAACAAAUUCUCCUACGGCCAGCGCACCAAUUACGGUGAUCCCGCCUUCGUCAAAAACGUGUCCCGCCUCGAGGGCGAGUACCUCGACCUUUCGUUCAGCCAAACCAACAAGGCCAAGAUCAACGACUCUCGCACGUUCAACACGUCGUACUACAUCCCCGAUAACAAGGCCACCAAUGUGAUGAGCGAUCACGGCACGUCCGCGAUUACGGUGGUCGAUGCGGAUGGUAUGGCGAUUUCUUUGACUACUACCAUCAACACCUUCUGGGGAUCGCAACUCAUGACCGAGCAUGGCUUCCCUCUCAAUGACGAAUUGGAUGAUGCGAGUUCGCCCGGGCAGACUAACUUCUUUGGCUACCUUCCGACGCCAGCGAACUAUAUUCGUCCCGGUAAGCGACCGCUUUCAUCAAUCUCGGCGGUGAUCGCCGAAGACGCCUGCACGGGUGAGCUCAAGCUCAGCCUCAGCUCUGCCGGCGGCUCUAGGAUCAUCACAGCCGUCACUCAGGUAGCCUACGACGUGCUGUUCAAGGGGCAAAACGCACAAGCAGCGCUAGCGGAGCCAAGGUGGCACGAUCAGCUUAGCCCCAACUCGACCACCCUCGAGAGUCCCGCUCCUCAAGUCCCAGGCUUUGUCGGCUUCAGCAACCAGACGGCCGCCUUCCUGGCUUCUGUAGGACACAAUGUCUCCUGGACAGCGAUUGGAAGCUCCACCGCUCAGGCUGUGCAGCGUUUCCGGAACGGAACUUUGCUCGCUGCAACCGAGGUCAGGCAGCUCGCUGCUAAAGGUGCUGCUUUUUAA